AUGUCAAACAUGACAGAUGGAACGAAAGCAGGGAUAGGCGUCGGUGCCGCGGUGGGAAUACUGGCACUGGCUGCGAUAGUGGUGUGGGUUCUCAUCUGCACACAAAGCAGGGGCCCGAUCUUCCCAGAGCGGCGCGACAAGCAGCGAGCAAAGGGCACUUAUGAGAUGGAAUUGCCGCAAGGCUCACCAACGUGGAGCCCGGUAUGCACGAAGUAUGUUCAUAUAGAGGAGGAAGACGUUAAGCCGCUCUGUUGGAACCUUGCUUUCAUGGUCAUUUCCACCAGCUUGAAGCCCGCCUUACGCCCAACACCGGUCAUGCUGGAGCCACCCAUUGCGCCAAUCUCCGCCAACAUGGCCAGUGGCAUUGGUGAAGCACACAAAGCGCAGGGCGAGACGAACACCGAGGAGGAUGUUCAAUGCCGCAGGUGGACCGGCUGGAGGUUGUUGUACACGCAAGAGGAUCAAGCAUAA